AUGGCUGUACCCAGAAAUUCUUUGCGCGGCUUCCUAGCCCACGCUCGAAGCGCACUCCGAGGCGCUGUCGAGUCAAGCCAAAAGGUCACCAUCGUUGUUGGAAAUGAGAGCGCAGAUCUUGAUAGCAUGACAUGCUCCAUCUUAUUUGCAUACAUACGUUCUAUGGCUCCAUCCCGAAACGCAUUCACUCCACUUUACAUCCCAAUAGCCAACAUACCCAAGUCAGCCAUUCCACUACGGCCCGAAUUCCUGGAGCUUUUCAAGCAUGCCAACUUAGACUCUCAUUACCUAUUAACGCUAGAUGAUCUGCCUGAACUGUCCACUAUCAAGUCCAAGCUGCCCCCUGAAAAUACGAAGUGGAUCCUGGUAGACCACAACGCCUUACAGGGCCAGCUUGGCAAAAUCUAUGGCGAUACGGUGGGAGGCGUCAUCGAUCAUCACGACGAAGAAGGGAAGGUACCAAACGAGACUGGUGACGAGCCCCGCAUAGUCGAAAAGAGUGGCAGUUGCACUAGUCUUGUCACCGAGUAUUUACGACCAUCGUGGGAUUUGCUUUCGGACUUAGGAAUGUCCUCGGGUGCUGCCCAUGCACAAGGGGACAGCCUAUCAGACGACAGUGCACUCGUCAAAGUGUGGGACGCUGAAGCUGCCCAACUCGGCCUCGCAAGCAUCCUUAUUGAUACUGCAAACCUUAGCGAUACGUCCAAGACUACCGACCAUGAUCGAAAAGCGGUCGAGUACCUUGAAGCCAGGAUUCUGUCCUGUCCAAAGCUUGCCGCGAGCUUUGACCGCAACAAGUUCUACGAGCAGAUUGAUACGGCGAAAAGGGACAUUGGAGGAUUGCAGCUGCAGGACAUACUAAGAAAGGACUACAAGUUAUGGGACGAUAAGGGCCAGAAACUCGGCAUCAGCUCAGUGGUCAAGAACAUUGAGUUCCUGCAAAAGAAGGCUGCAGACGAAGCAAACACCUCCGCAGCAGGUGACGCCUUCUUGGAAGCAGUCCGACGGUUCGCUACAGAGCGCGAGCUUGACUUAUACUCCUUAAUGACCACGUCAACUUCCGCAGAGGGCCGAUUUCAAAGAGAGCUCCUUGUUUGGGCGUUCAAUGAGCCCGGCAUCGCAGCCGCGAGGAAAUUCGCUACCGAGUCCUGCGAUGAGCUGGGCCUUGAAGAUUGGCAGAGUGGAGACGGUAAAAUGUAUGACCACGACGGCGACGGAUAUUGGAGAAAUGUGUGGUGGCAGCGCAAAGUACAACACAGCCGAAAACGUGUCGCGCCCCUACUCAGGGAAGCCAUGACCUGA